CGAAUUCCCAUCCAGUGUCAACAGAUAUGCCACUUCUAGGUGCCUCUCAGCGGUGUGCUUGCUGACUCCACCUUGGUCGACGUUGGGGUGGACCAGGACUCAGCCAGCCGUAUCGAUCAGCUCCGACAGAAGCAAGAACCCACGGGAAGUGCCCAGGUUCACGGCGUAUUGCCCUGACUUCUAAGUUCUGUCUUCGGUGACAGAUUGAGAUACCGCCCCCAGUCCCCGGCGGCCUCAGCCCACACGCAUGCAAGUGAAGAUAUUCGAGCAGAGAUGCCGCCGCACCUCGCCUUAUCCCCGCCCUUGACACGCCACGCCUGCGCACGCCCUCGAACCCAGGUCUUGCGCAGACUGGAGGUCUAGCUCAUCCUUCUCUCCGGAGUACCCCUCAAGUCUUGCCGAUCCUCUAGGGCUUGACUCGACACAAGCAGAGGGAGACACCUCAACCAUGGAGUCACAGACUACUGUGGCUCCCAAUGUCGUCUACAAGCGUGGAUAUGCCUUCUGGAUGGUCUACAUAUCGAACUUGGUGGUGGACAUGCUGACCGCUCUGGAUCUCACAGCGAUCACUACGGCUCUGCCUACCAUCGUUGGACACCUCCACGGUAGUGACUUUGUCUGGGCCGGCAGCGCGUAUACCAUCGCAUCGACCGCGGUUAUUCCACUUGUCGGCAACCUCGUAUCUGGGUUCGGACGCAAGCCUGUCCUGCUCACGUUCAUCCUGGUAUUUGCGGUCGGCUCCGCGGUUUGUGGUUCUGCACAGAACAUGAACAUGCUCAUCGCAGGGAGAGCUAUCCAAGGCUUCGGCGGAGGAGGGUGUAUCUCCAUCACAGAAAUCAUAUACGCGGAUAUGGUUCCACUCCCCGAGCGAGGGAAAUUCCAGGGCAUUGUCGCCACCGUCUGGGCACUUGCAUGCGCUAUGGGCCCAUUGAUAGGCGGCGCAAUAGCAAACUCGGGAGCAUGGCGCUGGCUGUUCUUCCUCAACCUACCUCUCUGCGGGAUCGCCUUCCCUCUCACUUUCAUCUUCCUGCAAGUGAACACACCCAAGACUGAGCUGCGCGAGAAGCUGGCCCAAAUUGACUGGCUCGGAGUUGGAUUGAUCACUGGGAGCACUGUCUCUAUCCUCCUAGCGAUUACAUGGGGAGGCCUACGUUUCCCCUGGACGUCUUUUCACGUGCUCGUCCCGCUCGUCAUCGGGGGGAUUGGCCUUGUAACCUUCUUCGUUACGCAAUACUUCUGGUUGAAGGGACCCACGAUCCCGAGAUACUUUUUCACGAAUCGCACGACGCUGAGCGGAUUCCUCGGGACAUUCUUCCACGGGAUGGUCUCUAUCGUCUCCCUCUACUACCUCCCGGUGUACUUCCAAGCCUCGCAGCUGGCCACCGCGAUCGGCUCCGGCGUCGACAUGAUCAUCUUCUGCGUCAUGAUCCCCGUCUUCGCCAUCGUCGGCGGCGUCUCCGUGCAGAUCGUCGGCCGCUACCGCCCGCAGAACUACAUCGGCUGGGCGUUCAUGGUCGCCGGCUUCGGCAUCCUCUCGCUCCUCGACGAGACCUCCUCGCGCGCGAUGUACAUUGGCUGCCAGGUCCCGCUCGCGAUCGGGCUCGGCAUCAUCUGGGUCAGCACGCAGUUCGCCAUCCUCGCGCCGCUCCCGUUCUCGAACAGCGCGCACGCGCUUGCGUUCUUCACCUUCUUCCGCUGCUUUGCACAGAGCUGGGGAAUCGUCAUCGGAGGCACGAUCCUCCAAACCAAACUCCUCCAAACGCUCCCCGCCUCAUUCACCGCCUCCCUCCCGAAGGGCGUCCAGAUCGCAUACGCCGUGAUCCCAACAAUCCCCUCGCUGCAAGAGCCGCAGCGCACAGAGGUGCGCGCCGCGUUCGCGCAGGCGACGCAGCUCAUCUGGCGCGUCAUGGCGGGGAUUUCAGGCGCGGGGCUGCUCACGUGCCUGCUCAUGCAGGAGGUCGAGCUCCGGAAGGACUCGCUUGACGAGAAGUGGGGGCUGAAGCAGGAUGAGGAGGGCGAGAGGGCUGGCGGAGAGAAGAAGACGGCGGCUGCGUCUGACGUAGAGGUUCCGGUGGCAGAGGGAUAGACUUGGGCUUCGUGUCUUGGAUUGGGCAUUGGGAUAUUGCGUAGACCGUGUGUAUCAUUAU